AGCGCGCGCUCUGCAUUUAAUGCUCUUGAUCCGUCGCGUCACUACUACAGAUGUGUCACUGGCGGGAGAUGAGUUUACAGUCAGCGCACACCUGCUAAAUAUCUACACAACCAAACACAGUCAUUGCGAGGAGCGCAGCGUCAUGGCGUCUGUGAGCGUGGUGGGGCAGCAGCCCGGUCCGCACAGACUGGACUCGGAACCGCAGAUCCUGCUCUUUAAACUGUCCGGCACUAAAAAGAAAAUCUCGCUGCCGAGGAGGUCGUCCUGGGAGAAGAUGAUGCUCGCCAGGAGCGGUAUGGACGCUGCUGAAGAGGAGUUGCGAACUCGUCCUUUACGGCGUCCAGGACCAGGUGGAGGGAGGAUGCCCGCUGGAGGAUGCGGUGCCACAGCCGGCCUCGAAGCGCCACGUAGCCCCACACAGGAUGGAGCAGCGGGCGGCUGCGGCGGCGUUGCCCCAGGGAUGACCGGACACAUCACCAAUGGCUUCAUAAACUGUGACUCAAACCAAAAUAAGGGCUGUCGGAGGGGAGGAUCGCUGAAGGAGCCUGGAGUCUAUGCCAUGCCAAGCGGAACGGGUAACAGACCGAAAAGAGCACACCGCCACCGGGAUGCGUCGCAAGGGAGACGGGGCUCCCGGAAUGGAGACAGUCAUAGCGGACAUCAGAGCGUCUCCUCCGCGGUCUUACCCCCCGGAGAACGACGCUGCUUGCCGCUGGAGCGGCUCACUCAGGGCAGGACUGGGCUGGUGAAGCUGGCCCGCACCGAACCUCACCGCAGGGAGGCCUGGUCUAUAUUUCCCCGGGAGAUGGACCCCCGAGUGAGAGCAGAGAGAGGUGAAGGACACCGGUUCGAGACCAAGCCGGUGAAACAGGACUGGUGUGACGCCUGCAGCAGACAGAUUACAGCGCAGGGACUCCAGUGUCAAAACUGCAGCUAUACCUGUCACCUGGAGUGUGAGGGUGAGGUUCAGCUCGACUGCAACCAGAGAGACAGAGAAACAGAAGAAAGCUCAGACCUCAAAUGUUGCUCUUCUUCCUCUUCCUCCUCUGCAGCUCCUAGGUUCAAGCAGAGUGAAACAAAGGAGGAAGAGGAGGGAGGCGCUAAAGAGCUGUCAGAGGAAGAGGUCCGAACCAAGAUAGAGUCGUACAACGCUCAAGUGUCUGAAAAUGGCAUGAACCUGGCUGAAGAUGGAUCUUUCACCGGCUUCAUCAAGGUCCACCUGCGACUCAGUCGACCGGUCACAGUGGAGGGCAACCAGGGGCGCGCCCCAUUGGACGACCAGGACGGAAAAAUGGCAGAGCAUACAGAAAAGAGGACAUCCUUCUACUUGCCAUGCGAUUGUGUGAAGCAGAUCCACAUCGGCUCUCUGACAACCACCAGUGAGGUGAUACAGGGCUUGCUGAAGAAAUUCCUGGUGCUAGAUGAUCCUCGCAAGUUCGCAUUAUACAGGCAGACGCACAGAGACGGACAGGACUUGUUCCAGAAGCUCCCUCUGUCUGAGCAUCCUCUUGUCCUGAGGUUGAUAGCAGGACCAGAUGCUGAGCUGCUCACCUUUGUCCUGAAGGAAAAUGAGACUGGAGAGGUUGAGUGGCACGCAUUCUCUGUCCCUGAGCUCCAAAACUUCUUGGUCAUCCUGGAGAAGGAGGAGGCGGAGCGCGUACGAGCAGUGCAGCAAAAAUACACCAUUUACCGACAGAAGCUACAGCAGGCCCUUCAACAACACGGCCCGUGACCCCUCACCUGUCCCCUGAUGUCUCCAACCCAGGGAUGCACAGACCUUUAGGACAAGGACCCAAUGACUCCCAGUGAUCUAAGUCAAGAGAGUGAAGCCUGAGCUGAACCUGUGUUUGGACUCUUCAUCGACAGACAUUCAGAUACAGACAAGUGACACACUGAUGCAUAUACUUUCUCAGGUCGUGUACAGGCUCCCUUACACAAUCCCAUCAUACAAGCAGGACCCGGACAACAGUUGUUUACCCUGCCAAGGAAGAUCUGGAACUGCAACUUCUUCUUGAGAUCUCAUUUAUGACUGAUGUGAAUCAGCAAUGUUUUUUAAAGUUUUCCCUUCUUUUCUGCUUGUACAACUACUGCUGCUGCUGCUACUGCAAGUGUUACUUAUGCAUGAGUCUCUCAGCUCAUCCACCCUGCCCAUAGGAUUAGGAUUAGAACGGAAGGCAUGAUUACUUUUAGCUGUUUUGAGCUGGAGCUGAAACACAAUCAUACUGUGUGUUUGUUUUUCUUAGAAAUGAUGUCUGAAAUCAUCCGAUUUCAUCUUUCAUCCUUUGCGUUCUGGAUUUGCAGAUUUGAUCAGGAAAGGUCAUGAAGCAGAUUGCUUAAUUUGCUUUCAGUUCAUUGAACAGAAAAAGAGCAAGAUAUUAACUUGCCUCCUCUUUCUCUACACCUUCACAGCAUGAUGCUGCCACCACCAUGUUCUCAGUAUGUGUUUAAAUGCUCAUAUUAGCCCAUACAUGAAAUAAUUUGAAAGUAGGAAAGGGGUUUGUUGUUUUUCUCCUCCAAUACAUCCAAUCCCACCAUGAUCACCGAUGGCAGAUGAAGUUACUUUCUUUUUUUUUGCUACCUAAAUCCACAACUAAGAAUACAUAAAUCCCAUCCUGAUGUGAUACUAAGAGAGGCAGCCCACAUGCCUUUACUUGCAAACAAACUGUUGCUGUUUUGGGUUUUGUAUUUGACCGUGAGAGGACGUCUGCACCAAUGCUUACACUGACGAAGAGCAUUUUAAAUUUAUUUGGGGGUGGUGUAUGUAAAAAAAAAAAAAAAAAUCGGCCUCUGUUUUGCACAUGUUGAUCUAGACCACAUCUCUGAGGCUGUGCAUGCCUUUUAGUUUUUCUUCAUACCCCUAAAAAGGAACAAACAUAUGUAAAAUUCAUAAUAAUGGCUAUGAUAUGUUUGCAAUGCUAGUGAUUUGUGUAGACACUGGAAAAAAAGUUUUUUGACAUCAUUACUACUUACUGUCAUGUGUGUGUGUGUGCGUGUGUGUGUGCGUGUGCGUGUGGUCAUCCUGGGUUGUGAGGAUUCAUCCCACUGGUUCUCACUCAUAUGUUGGUUAUAACCUGCAGAUAGGUGAGGCCUGUUGUCCAUGAGGACAUACUUCGCUGUAAAACCCACGUUUGUGUGUUACUAUCUUUCCCACCCGAGCUGUUCCUGCUGGCAGUGCCUUUAGUUUCAUGUGUUUUCUGCCUAACAUGGGUUUCAUCACGCGUACAGGUGCCUGAUUGAGUUACAUGUCUGGGUCCUUCUGCAUGUGUGCGAUGAUGUUUCUGAAGUGCCGCCGUGCGUUGAUUUAUAUUACGUUUGUUCCUUUAAUUCCCAUUUUCAGAAUGCUCCUUUAUUUUUCCAGCAAAUCCCAUGUGGGAGUUUGUGUGUAUGUUUGCGUGUGUGUGCGUUAUAUUUAUUUCAUGGUUCACAACCAUCCAUGAGAAAUUGUGUAAAGAGUGUUGCUUUAUUUUUGCAAUUUAUUUAGUUUUACUUGCACAACUGUGCAUAAAUAUAUGACUAGACCUGUACAGAAAUUUAAAUGAAAUAAAAGGUUAACCUCCUUAUUGAA